UGACGUCAGAGUAGAGCUAAGGUUUCCCAGAUGGCAGUGCGGUUUAGAAAACCUGACAAUGUAUGGUCGACCGCCAUUCUGGUGGCUGAACUUCGGUCACUCGCUUGGCAGAAGUGCCGUAACCUAGGAGUAUUCCAUCGACCCAAUGCAGUUCUCUCCUAUAGAGAUAAAAGAGAGGCUUACAAGGGCUCUUGACGAAGACAACAAUGUUUCGGACAUACCUGCUGUCCUGGAGGUUAUUGCUACCUUGGAGAGUUACCCUAUUACACGUGAAGCACUUGAGCAAACUAGAUUGGGGAAAUUGGUCAAUGAACUCCGUAAAAAGACUACAAAUGAUGAUCUGGCGCGGCGAGCCAAGAGACUGGUUCGGAGCUGGCAGAAACUCAUCUCGCCACCAACAGAUGGCACCACUGUCAAUGGAGAACGGAUAAAUACCAAUUCUCCAAGUCCAGGAAUGACUGUUUUAACUGGAUCUGCUGGCUCUAUGCCAGUUAGUCCAGCAUCCCUUCGUUUUUCCCCAGGCCUUGUGAAAUCUAGUCCAUGUGGAAUAGCUGUGUCGAGCAAAAACAACUCUCCAUGUUUACGAGUCAAUGCAACACCAGGAACUCCAAGAUUACAUCCAACAUCUUUGAAAGUUGAUCCUAAUGGUAUUCAACGAUCAAAUAUAUCUCCUAAAUCUGUUUGUCCUUUACGAGGUGUCGCACCAUUAACGUCAACCCCUAAAGGACCGAUAUCCCCUAAAACUAUGUGCCCUCGAAGGGCAGGCCUUCCUUCAUCUUUAACUCCAAAACAACAUAGUCCAAGUAUACCAUUAUCUUCAACCCCUAAAGGUAAUUGUCCGAAUGGUCCCUUUAAGAACAGUGCCUCUUCUGACGGCCGUUGUGAAAAUAAUCUAAUGAGUAAUCAGACGUAUAGUCCAACAAGAAGUACUGAGCGUAAUUGUAUGUCAAAGGAAAAAAACUCAUUAUCAAAAGUUGGUUCACUACAUCCAGGGAAAUGUUCUCCUAUAAUAAAUCAUUCCAGGGAUCGCAUUAAUGCUGGCACAUUGAAUGAUCAAAAACCUACACCCAAAGGUAAAUUAUCUAAUAGAAAACGGACUUGUAACGAUUCGGGUGGUGCACCUCCAGCCAAACGCUCAGUUCCUGCUGACAAAUAUGUUAAAGAUUUACAUUCAAAAGAAAAGACAGUUAAUGGUAUAUCGCGUAAUGUUUGCCAAAAUUUGGAAACUUUAGAAAAGAAAAAAUCAGGCAAUGUUUUGCCCAAAUCCAAAUCUGUGAUGGACAAUUUAUUUACAUAUAUGAGUGGUGACAGUAAUGACUCGUUUAAGAGCUCAACUAGCAAACGUAAUUUGACUUUCCAUGCAAAGCAAGAUAAAACUAAAACCUCAAAAGUUAAGACUACAGCUCAGUUGAUAGCAGAGCUGCGAGCUAAAAGUGGUUCUACUGGUUCACAACUAAGAGGCGAUAUUAUAGAUAAAUUAAAGAGGCAACCGUCUCCUAACAGUCUAGAUGUUCGAUUAAAAUCUGGCAAGCAUAAAGCUAGGCCAAUGUUGAGUCAGACUAAGACAGAACUUGUUGAAAGGUUUCUCAAAAAUUCUAUACGACCUAAUCUAAAAGAUGAAUCAGAAUAUCUGGAACUUGACCCCUGUAGAUUGCUGGAAUGUGACUUGCCCAAUGGCCAGACUCCUAUGGAGAGAAGCUUGGGCUCUUCAAGUAGUACAGCACAAGAAGUCUCUUCCAAUUCCAACCAUUUGUCACUGUUAGAAAUCUAUAACUCUCUUCCACCUUUGAAUCUUGAUAAAAUCGACUGGGAUGACGAUAAAUAUGAAGUGACAGAGCAUACGGAACCUAUCACUGAUAGCAAUAUUGACAGGUUGCACAAUGAAUAUUGGUCAGGUGUUAAUGGCCAGUGGGAUUCCACUGGUUCUUGGAGAGAUUGGACUCACACUAUGUCAGUAGAAUCAUUUGAGGGAAGCAAAUUAGAUUUAUUACCUUAUGUAAAUAUUGACUAAAUAACACAGCAGUUAUUGUUUAACACACAUAGUGACUAUGAUAAAUUAUUGUUUGGUAAUGGAUCCCAGUUGCUUCUCAUCUAAAUUGUUGGAUGUGAGAAUGAGAAAACGGUAUUUGUUUGUAGAGUAAAUACUAACAACCAAAACUUUCAACAUCUCCACUUAUUUUAGUGCAACUUCAUUAAGAAAAAAAAAAAGAUAAUGUAUAAAAAAUAAAAAAUCCUAAUUGAAGUAUUGAGAUGGUAAAACAAGUAGAAAAGCUGGGUGAUGGCUGUUAUUGGUAA